CGAGCGCCUUUCACCGGCUACUCCCGCUCUCCCCCUUCCCCUGUUCCCGUCGGCCUCCUCCCCACAGUUUAAAGGCUACUUUCCCUCGAAGCACGUGAGCAGGAGCCCUAGCAACCUCAACCUCGGAGCUCUUCGCGUACUCCGCUCGCCUGAACUAUGCCUGACUCCCUCACCGGAGUUGGGUAGCGUACGCGAGAGAACGUAGCCCUCGGAAGCCGAGGCCGGGGCAACCAGGUCGCACUUCCGCCUCCCGGGCUCCGGAAGGUAGAGCGCACGCGCUCCCUGCGACUCCGGCGCAGUUGACUUCCGCUCCCACUGUGCUCUGCGAGCCGAAUCAUGGAUCACACUGACAAUGAGUUACAAGGCACUAAUAGUUCUGGAUCAUUGGGUGGUCUUGAUGUUCGAAGAAGAAUUCCUAUAAAACUCAUCUCCAAACAGGGGAACAAAGCCAAAGCUGCACCUCGCACGCCAAGGACUAUAAACAGAAUGCCUGCAAAGGCUCCACCUGGUGAUGAAGAAGGAUUUGAUUAUAAUGAAAAAGAACGGUAUGACUGUAAAGGGGGUGAACUAUUUGGAAAUCAACGAAGAUUUCCUGGACACCUUUUUUGGGACUUUCAGAUAAACAUCCUAGGUGAAAAGGAUGAUACCCCAGUUCAUUUCUGUGACAAAUGUGGAUUGCCUAUUAAGAUCUAUGGGCGAAUGAUUCCAUGCAAGCAUGUUUUUUGCUAUGACUGUGCUAUUUUACAUGAAAAAAAGGGAGAUAAGAUGUGUCCAGGGUGUAGUGAUCCUGUGCAGCGAAUUGAGCAGUGUACACGUGGUUCUCUCUUCAUGUGUAGCAUUGUUCAAGGGUGCAAGAGAACGUAUUUGUCUCAGAGAGACUUACAGGCUCAUAUCAACCACCGCCAUAUGAGAGCUGGAAAACCUGUUACCCGAGCUUCACUUGAAAAUGUUCAUCCUCCUAUUGCCCCACCACCGGCUGAAAUCCCUGAUCGUUUUAUAAUGCCGCCAGACAAGCACCAUAGUAUGAGCCAUAUUCCGCCAAAGCAGCACAUCAUGAUGCCACCACCUCCUUUGCAACAUGUUUCACAUGAGCACUAUAAUCAGCCACAUGAGGAUAUUCGUGCUCCUCCAGCAGAAUUGUCCAUGGCUCCACCUCCACCUCGUUCGGUCAGUCAGGAAACCUUUCGUAUUUCAACAAGAAAACACAGCAAUUUAAUAACUGUCCCUAUUCAGGAUGACUCAAAUUCAGGUGCUAGAGAACCACCACCUCCUGCCCCAGCACCUGCUCACCAUCAUCCUGAAUAUCAGGGUCAACCAGUGGUAUCGCACCCUCAUCAUAUUAUGCCUCCACAGCAACAUUAUGCACCACCCCCACCUCCUCCACCACCAAUAAGCCAUCCAAUGCCACAUCCUCCCCAGGCUGCAGGUACUCCUCACUUGGUUUAUAGCCAAGCUCCUCCUCCUCCAAUGACCUCUGCUCCACCACCAAUCACCCCUCCCCCUGGACAUAUCAUUGCCCAGAUGCCACCUUAUAUGAAUCAUCCUCCUCCAGGACCUCCCCCACCUCAACAUGGUGGUCCACCUGUUACUGCACCCCCCCCUCCUCAUCAUUAUAAUCCUAACUCUUUACCCCAGUUCACUGAAGAUCAAGGAACUCUGAGCCCUCCAUUUACACAACCAGGAGGAAUGAGUCCUGGUAUAUGGCCUGCACCAAGAGGGCCACCUCCUCCUCCACGAAUGCAGGGUCCACCUUCUCAAACCCCACUUCCUGGACCACAUCAUCCAGAUCAGACAAGAUAUAGACCAUAUUAUCAAUGAUAAGAGUAUUUUGAACUGAAGAUCUGAAAAAAUGUGUAGUCAAUCUUUUAAUUAAACUUUGACUGUUCUGGGAAGGAAAAACACCUCUUACUGAGGUGGCUAUAAAACACUUAGGGUCUUAUCUCUUAAAAUGGUUUUAAAUCUUCACCUUAGGAUUGAUUUCAAGUACUAUACUGUAGUGCAGAUAAGUGGCUCAGUGGAGCACAGCUAUAUUUUAACAACUUUGUUCCCCUAGUGUGGUAAAUAGACCCACAGGUGACCAUUUGUAAAAAAAAUGGAAAAUUUUUAUUCCACUUUAAAAGGUGUUGGUUUUGUUAAACCCAGUUUCGUUUUUCUUGUGACACAUUUUGUUAACCUGUGUAAAAGGAUUAAAUUUCAAUAUGGUUGUAAAAAUGCUAUUUUUAUGUGAAUUUAAGUGCAACCACAUACUGUUUUUUAAAACCAUAUGUUUUACCACUAAUUUCCCAAAGUUACAAUAAAAUCCUAAAAGUAAAAAUCUACUAGAAUUUACUGUAAGGCAGACUGUUAAAUGAUAGAGAAUUGCUUCACAUUUUAGGCACUGAAAUUUUGAGGUUUAUUAAGUAUAUAAUGCACUUCACUUGGAUGCCUUUUCAUUUUAGGCAGGUCAGGAGCUCCAAAAUAUGUUGAAAUUCCAGUAUUGAGAUAUAUUUAUGUUUGAAAUAUUAAAGGCAUUACUAAUUAUUUGGAAAGAUAUGGCCAAAGUAACUGACUACAGUCUCCAAACUGUUAGGGGAUUCUGUUAUUCAUUAAUGCUUUUUACUGAAUGGUUGGAAUCACAUAAUUCACCACACUUUUUAAUCUUGAGUAACAUUAUAUAACUGUUUAAAUGGUAUUGUUUAGAUGAAGGGUGUUCUACUCUGCUCAUUGUCUUUAAAUAUUUAGGGUUGAAUAGGCUUUAUGUAAUUCCUCAGUUCAUGAUAGUUUGAUCCUGUGCUUAAGUGUGGUCUUGUUUAUUGGGGUUUCAAUCACAAUUUGAAUGCCAUGGAGGAAUUUGAAUACUGUAUUAAUGAAGGACAUUCUUGUAGUUACAAACUUGCAUUGCUCAGGUUUCAUUACUGUGUGAUAAGAUUUCUUUCUCUAACUUGAAAUUUAAAAACUAUUAAUGAUUUCCUUUUUCUUUUAUUGAUUAAGUGGUCUAAAACUUGGGAUAUUUUAGCAUGGAGUCAACAGUGAAGACUACCAGAUGAUUUUUUAUUGGAGAAAAAGAAGAACUAAAUUGUGAAUUUCAGUGCUUUAUAAGGUGCCUUUAGAGUCAGCCUUUGCAUUUUAGGGGCUUGUUAUAGUCCAGCUAAGAUAACCACUCAGUUUCUACAGAACUCAUGUACACUUCAUUAUUCUUAGGAUAUAUCAUUAUAUAUCCUUUGAGUAAACCCCUGUGAAGUAUUUCCUUCCCCCUAAAAUGGUGCAUAAUAUAAACAUGAAAUAUGUAGUGUGCAGAUAUCAUUUAUUGAAUAGUUUGUAGUAUAUACAUUUAGAACAUUUCUUUUUGACAAAGGGUGAACUGAUUGCUAUUUACCACUUAAUUCUGUCAGAUACAGGCAAAACAGUUUCUCAUUUUGGAUAAUCAGAUGCAAAGUCAUCUAUGAACUUAAGAGUUAAAGUUAGAAAUAAUACAAAUGGCCAUUUCAACCAUGACCAGUUGAAAAUUAUGAAUACACUUUCUUUUAACUGACUUCCCACACCUAUCAAUUAGAGAAUCCAAUGUUAAUGUAAUAUUUCUAGUGAGAAAAUUUUGUUAUUAGAAGCAUGGGAGUGAAAUAGUGUGAAAAGUUGGUGGGAAGUGCUUCUAUCAUAUUACUGUAGGUACUUGGACUGGUGCAAACUUGAUUCCCUUUCAUGCCUCUAUUUACUAGCCGUUAAAGAUCCUAUACUAUUUGUUUCAUGUAAUAAGAGAAUAUCCAAAUUUUUGAGAGCUCAAUUAUUUAUGAAGAAUUCUUCUGUUUUUAUUGAAAUUCGCUAGAGUUGAAUGUGGUUUAUGAAACCACUUAGCCUAUGUACUGGACAAAAAAAUUAGUAUCAUGAUAAAAGUACACAUGUUAAGAAUUCUCAUAGGCAUUUAAAAGUGAUUUAUUUUCAGUUAGGUUUAAGAAAUAUGUUAUGCAGGGAGGCAGAUCAGAUGAAUGUGUCCUAGCAGACAAAUUUUAAAUGUGUUAGACUUGAAUUCAUCCAGUUAUUGUUUGAACGGGGGGGUUGGGGGAGGGGGUAGUAGAAGGAUAACAAAAUUACUGUUAGUAUUUCUUUCCUUAAAGAAAAAAGAUGUGAAUUCCAGCUUUAUUUCAGGGAAGCCUUUGAAACUAUAAUGGACAUAGUUCUAAAUUAAAUGUAUGUAUGUUUCAUUAUAUUGCUCUUAAGACUACUGAGGUGGCAGUUUAAUUCUUAAAAACAAUAAAAUGGAAGCAUAAAUACUAUUUUGCCUAAAUGAGUUUUUACCUAAUGAUGACACAUUUGGGAGAAUGCAGAAUUUUUCAUGUUUUUCUUGAUAGAACUUUUACAGUAAAAUUAUAUUCACUUUUGGAGAUUAAAACCAGCAAGUUGAAUAUUAAAUUUCUUCAGUGGCAUGUUUGUUCAGAAUAUUAUCUAGUAUUUGGGGAAGUAGUUGCAAAGGCCAUAAAAAAACAAAACAAAAAACCUUUAUAUCCGUUUUGCCCUGUAAAAACCACUGGCUCAAAAUUAUUGUGUAAAUACUAGCUAGGUAACACUGAAAUAUAAAUGGAAAAGAUAUUCGCACAUAUUUUUAAACUCACAUAGGGAACUUACCAUGUGAAGUAUAGUAUACAGAGCUGCUUUAGGCUUUGUACUAGAAGAGUGUCUUUCAUAUACCUUUUUGGAAAAGCUCUGUAGUCCUAUCUCAUAAAAAUUUCGUGAAAGUCCUGUAAGUACAUGGGAACAACUCACAAAUAUCUAAAACAAAAGGAUGCAUUCUAAUGAUUAGAUAAGCCAUCAAAUUGAUAUAUUGAUGUUCAAGUGUGACAUAAUCAUAUUCAAACAUUUCCUGAAGUGGAUGAGUUUUUCACUGGCUUGUAAGUAUAAUCUCUCAUGGCCUUGAAUCUAAGCAGAAUUUACUUAUUGCAGUUUAUGCACAAUCUAAUAAAGCAGUAUUGGAUAUCUUAGACUUAAGGGGAGAGGGAGGUAAGCCAGUUAAAAUACUUGGUAGUGAUACUAAUAACAUUUGGAUUUUGUUUUUAUUUAUGCUCCUUUUAAUUUCCCAGCAUUGAGGGAAAGAGUGUUAAAGGAACAAUUUAGUGUUAAAGUUUCGUUGUCGAUAAGAAUUUUUAGGCAUUAUUGGAUCACAGGAUUGAAAUGAACAAUGAUAGGUCAUGGGUUUAGCUCUCAAUUGGACAGGACCAUGUCUUUUUAAAAAUCUAAUGUUUUGAAAUGUUAAUCUAUUAACCCCAGAAUACCCCAUUUCUAUUUUAAGUCGUUGUAGGCACCAAGUCUCAUAUUGCAUUUUUAAAUCCAUUUCUUAUUAAUCUACUUUGUAAAAAUUGUUCUCCCUUUGCCUUCAGAUUGAAAAAUCCUGCUCUCUUUUCUUGCUGUUACUUUCAAAACCUCUAAUUGUUUUAAAAUUUGUACUCACUUCACCCUAGCUGUUUUAGCUAUGGAUAAAGCGUCAGCCUGUGGACUGAGGGUCCUGGGUUCGAUUCCAGUCAAGGGCGCAUGCCUGGGUUGCAGGUUUGAUCCCCAGUAGGGGCCGCACAGGAGCCAGCUGAUCAAUGAUUCUCAUCAUUGAUGUUUCUAUUUCUCCCUCUCCCUUCCUCUCUGAAAACAAUAAAAAUAUUUUUAGAAAAUAAAUAAAAUUUGUACUUGUUUAAAUUACAUGAGUGAUGCAUCUUUGGGGGAAAAUAAAGCUAAAAAACCCCUUUACCACUGAUACAAUGAACAUUUCCCUUCCAGAGAUAAGUACUACUAUAACUUAAGUGUCUACCUAGCUAAUAAUUUUAGUUAUAGAGCUGACAUCUAAAUAGGCUCCAUGCUCUGGUUAAGCAUCCUAAUCCAUGGUAAAUGUAGUAUUUCAUGAUCUCUAUUCAAUAAAUAUAUACUGAGCACCUACUGUCUGGGAUAUAAAGAUUAAUUCAUCUUUCAGGUAUUUAUAUGCUAGAUGCUAUUCUACACUUGGGUUGCACGAGUCUCUAGAGACAGACGACUAACAAAUAUAUAAGUAUGGUAAAAUCCUAUGGGAUAAAAUAAAAGUCAAGAUAAUUUGGUGGUAGAUUUGCAACUUUAUAUAUUAGCAUGGUUUGGGUAGAACUCAAAAUAAAUUUGGGCAAAGAUAUAAGUAGGUGAGAACCAUGCACAUAACAUGGGGCAUAACUUUCCAGCAUGUAAGGGUCUUACUAGUAAAAGGGGGAUUGCACUGACAUAUUUGAGGAGCAGUAAGGAGAUUGGAGUGGGAUGGGUGAGAUGAGUGGUAGGAGGUCAGAGAGAUAAUAAUAGAAUGGGGAGAUCAUAGGCUUUCUAGGUCAUGGUAGGACUUGGACCUUCCUCUAAUAUGGGAAGACAUUGUGAGGUUCUGAUCAAAGGAGUGAAAUAUCUGGCUCUUUUAAAAGAAUUAUUUUGGGUCCAGCUGGCAUGGCUCAGUGGUUGAGCAUCAACCUAUGAUCCAGGAGGUCAUGGUUCGAUUCCUGGUUGGAGCACAUGCCUGGGUUGCGGGCUCGAUCCCCAGUGUGAGGCAUGCAGGAGGCAGCCGAUCAAUGAUUCUCAUCA